UUAAACGUCCUUAAUCUUCAGACCCACAAAGUGCAGCUAUGGAAGCCCUGUUGCCGACAUCGUCUUCCUUGUCGACGGUGCAGGAGAAGAGGAUUUAAUGAGAAGCAUCGUGAAUGACCUCGUAACAAACACCAAGAAAAAGGAACUGAACCAAAGCAAAAUGCGGUUCUCUGGCCUAUGUUACUGCAGGAGGCCUCUCGUUUGCUUUGACUGGGACAGCUUCCAGUCACGAGAUGUAGAGGGGAUAGAAAAAGAAACAGCCACCUGCUGUCCCUCAUGUAGGAGCGAAAUGCCACGUCCCACCACCGACGUACACCUGGCGGCCGCCCUGAAUAUGACAAGGACCCAGCUCUUUGCGAACCACAGACCCGGGGCAUCAAAAGUCAUUGUCCUGUUUACGCACACAAACUUUCCCUUUUCUUUGACCAUCACCGAGACCAGACUUCUCAAGUCACAAGGUGUCCGGUUCAUAGCGGUCGGCAUAGGCCAGGAGACCGAUGAUGCCAUACUGCAGGCCUUUACUGACGAUUCCUAUUACAUUGUCCGGUCGAAUGAGACCAACCUGUUGGCUAGUCUGUGGACAAAACUUCACCGUCUUUUAUGCAGAGGUGUCACUAGGAGAGUGAAGAGAGGCAUCACCUGCCCAAGCGACCUGUACUUGACGGCAUCACCAAAAGCACGGUGUGCCGUGGCCACGUGGUGGACUCCUGGGGGAAGCACAGGCGGUCCUUAUGGCGGAAAUAGCGGCGAGUGCUUUCCGGAAGGAAGCAGGACUAUUAGCUACGAGACUUAUGAAGAGAGCGGCUGGUGGAUCUUCAGCUCAACCGACCGCUACACCUGUUCUUUCACAAUACACGUACAAGUUCACCGCUGUCCACAACUGAAUAGUUUUUCUGACGGGACAAGGGACUGUGAUGGCGCAGAACCGAACGUCGAUGGGUCGGUUUGUUCCCAUACCUGUAACGAGGGCUACGAGAUUCACGGAAGUCCCAUCAUACAGUGUUCAGGCACCUCUUGGAACUCGUCUUUUCCCAGUUGUCAGAGGAUCUGCUCUUGGCCCAGUGACCACUGCUGGCCUGGAGAGUGUAACCCGGGAAACCUGGCGGCCAGCUGUACCUGCCGGCCUGGCUUUAGGAGGGUUAACAUCAGCAACGGGGUGCAGUGCCAGUUGGUCACCCCACCAGACCUACUAUUGUGCAAAAUGGGGGUAGUGGACAAGCAGGGUGUGACCGUCAACUCUACUUACACCAGCAACAUCACGACGUGCGACAACCAGAGGGAUGAGUGGAUAAACUCACAGCCUGAUAAACUUUACUUUGCCAUAACUGCCAUGCUCAAUGUCAACCUCAGUCACCCGUGGCCACAUUAUGUGACAGAAUUCCAAGUAGGGGUUGUCGGUGCCAGAGUCAGAAUGAUAAAAUCAUUCCUCAACGGAUCGGAAACAACAUUGAACACCACCAUUCUCGACACGACCCCCUACUGCCGUGCCAACGUCAGCACGUGGAAACCUGUGGUAGGUGGCGCUCUGUUGGACUGUGAAGCUACAGUUACCAUUCCUGUUGUUGACUUGCUGGAUGGUGAAAGAUUGUGUGUUGAAGUGGAGGCAUUAUCCGGCGGCUAUUACACAGUGGCAGACGACAAUAGAGUAAGACGGAACCAGGUAACCUAUCAGCAACAAUCAAAGAGGAAGAAAGUCUGCUUCUUGUACGAUCAGACCAGACCGGUGCACUGCUCUGAACUACCCGGAAGUUGCGACAGCAAGCCACUUAGCCUCUCCUCACGCCUGACCCGCACUCCUAGUAUCCGGGUGUCUGUAAACGGGUGGCUGGAUCCCGCCCCUCAAGGUCGAGCUGACGGGUCUGCCAAGCUGCCUGCUUCCCACAUCGAUCAUUACCGGUUAGAGGUUCACGCUGUCAACGUAAACCUCACGACUCUAACUGUACAGGAUGAAGCUGCGCCUAACUUGACGAAGGAGUGGGAGGCAGACUUGGUGUCGGCAGGGGGCCCAUAUGAGGUAGAGCUGUCCCUUCCAGGAGACAGGCCCCAGCUGUACGCCAUCAUCCUGGAGGUCCACGAUCUCGCCGGGAACGUCGCCUACGCGCGCCGCCUGGUCAUGUUCGAUAACUCGUCUUCUGUGAUGCUUCUUGAUUCUGCAACCGUGCUAGUCGUGUCCGCUGACCCCAGGUCCCACUACAGAUGGCAAACAGACAUCUCAAGAAACGUGUGUCUGGAAUGGAAACACAGGUUCUAUAACUCUGCUCUAAGAAGCAGCAACUGGCUACUUCCUGUACAGCACGACACUGGCCGAAACAUCCGAGGCGUCUAUGACCAGAUUUCUGGAACCCUGCCUGUCAGCGGCACCGACAACAUCAAUGGGGUGGUUACAUUCGAGGUCAUGUGGAGUGUAGACGGAGGGUCAAGGUCAUCACCAAUCAAGGUGACUGACUUCCAUUCCGAAAGCAUCUGCCUGAGUCAGCCACUGUUGGACGGUCAGACGUACGUUAUCUGGAUCCGGGCUGUUGACAUCAUGAAUAAUUCUAAAGAAGACAGCGUGCAAGUCAGCAUCGACCACACAGGCCCUAUAGUCAGCCUGCUGGGACUUCAGGAUCAACUAGGCCAAGACGUGCUGUACGUGCACAACUCCACUGACCUCUCCACCAUGAAGCUCCGAGUGCAUGCGGCAGACACCCACAUGACCUUGCUGAUGACCUGGUACUGGAGCUAUAGAGUUCAGAGACUGAGUAAUGAGAUGGACUGCACCACCACCAACGCCAGCUGCUACUGCCCAGUCGUCGGUGUGUGUGAGAUCGAUGACUAUGUCAUCACCUUCAACAGCCUGACGAAGAACCACACCCACGAAGGGCUCCAUCAUCGAGAAUAUUUCAUCACGGUCAAGGCCACUAACAACGCAGGUCUUCACGCCCUCAAAAAGAUUGACAUUCUUGUUGAUGCUACUCCGCCCACAGUGGGAGUGGUAUGGGAGGGGCUUAGUGAGAACGAGAAGGGGGACGUGGACUUUACCAGCAGCCGCACCCUGCACGUGCGUUGGCAUGGUUUCCAAGACCCCGAGAGCGGCGUUGUCCUGUACCGUGUGACUUUGUCUCGGCAAUGUUUCCCGCAGGAAGACAAAGAGAUGGCCCACAAUGCCACGUACAUUCGAAAGGGCGACAUGGCCACCUUGACGUUUCCCCACGAAGGUCACUAUUACGUCAGUGUGGUGGCUUACAAUGGCGCCAUGUCCCCGUCAUCAGUGGGGUGUUCAGAUGGAAUCACCUUUGACACCACGCCCCCACACUUACACAACGUCACAGUUGCUGGCGCUCGUGUCAGGCGGGCGAUCACGUGCACACAGUCCGGACAACCCUGGCUCAUCAACUCUAACCUCACUUGCGUCAGACUGUCUCCGACUGCAGCGUGUACCCGGGUGUGCAACUCGUCUUCUGUACAAAUCACUCAUCUUCCGGUGACGUCAGGGCAGAUAAUCGAGAAAGACGUGUCUGAGGCGUUAUGCCGACAGCUUCCGGAAAUGACCCAAGAUGAAUACGUGAUGCUGCCUUCCGACAACUUGCGGGUGCAGUGGUCUGGGGAAGACGAGGAGAGUGAGAUGGAGGAGUACUGGGUUGGUCUAGGUCGAGACAGGUCCACAGCCUCAGCACCAGACCUGCAGCCCCUGACACCAACACACGGAAGGCAGGUCUUCCAUGUGACCCACACUGGUCUGGGUCACGGCGAUAUCUUCUACCUCUUCCUGCGCGCACUCAGCAAAGCCGGUCUUGAAAGGCAGCUGACCAUUGGACCACUCAUCAUUGACGUCACACCGCCUGAGGUCACCCAGCCUCUGACUGCCUUCGUGGAGAAUGGCCACCUGGUGGCAUCCUGGACCCGGGGCGUCUUCACAGACCCCGAGCAACCCAAAGGAACAAACUUCAGCUACACAUUCCGUGUUGGAUAUGAUGGUGGGUUCGUGACCCCCUUCCUCACCCUGCCGCAGUGGGACUACUGUAGCACAGAGAACGUGACAGGGUGCAUACGCUACCCGGUGUCAGAACUAUACAGCCAUGACACAAUUCGUGGUCUCCACUUCUUUUUCCAGCUUCAUGUGACUAACGCUGCUGGUCACAUGACCACCGUCAACACGUCAUCAGUACGCCUUCCCGACCACCUUCCACCAGCAGGCGCCGUGGUGCUUGACGUCACGAGGUGUGCUCUUGCUGCAGCAACAUCCACAUCAGAAUCAACUCCUACAUCAGCGUCGCUAUUAAGAUCAGAUUCAACUACUGCGCCUCUCUCAGGUAGAAUUAUAUCAAAGAUGUUGAUAACAGAAGACGAUGACAGCGAUGAUGAUCACGCCUGCUACCUACCAGAAGACGUGGACGUUGUUGUACAAAGAAGCCUUGUGUGUGCGGCGUGGGAGGGAUUCAAUUCCGACGAUAAACUGUCGUUUAAGGUGGGCAUAGGAACACGACCUGACACGGACAAUAUUGCUUCAUUUUCCCGCGUCACGGUCCAAGACGUCUUCUGUUUGAAUACGAGCUCACUUCCUGUCUACACCAAACUGUUUUCCGUCGUCAUGGCAACAAACACAGUAGGGACGAAUGUAUUUUCUUCAGAUGGCUUUAUUGUCGUUCCAAUGCACGACCAGAACAAUCAUCUGAUGGUCUUUAGCGGAAAGGGGUGCGGGCUUAAUGACGUUUUCAAAUCACUUGUUCUUGCGCCAACUGUCAACAACACUAUGAUGACACUGGGCGAAAGAGAGGCUGUUAUGCCGGGGGACAUAAUUUUUGUUCAGUUUCAACCAUUUCUUGAGGACGUCGUAUUUAGAGGCGCCGCUUUGUUGCAGACAACACUUACAGGCUACCAACUAGCUGUACAGUCAAGCACUUUGACAGCUGCUUUACCCAGAGCUGUGUCUAGCAACACGACGGUCAAGGUCAUGAACUGUGUGAAGGACACACCUGUUCUGCCAGCGACCAUCAGUGACGUCACGGUCACUUGGGAGAUGACCGGCCAAUGGAGGACGCUGACCAAACGUCUGCAGGUCGACCUUGUGGACGAGAGCUGCAUGGCGCGUGCGGUCAAGAAGGAAAAGGAUGUCAGGGUCCUGUGUCGUGUCACCUCUCUCGAUGUGACGGCGAGUGAGAGUGACGUCACAUUCCGCGGCCUCCGCCUACUACCCGGUCACCUGUACUCGGCCAGCGUCAGGCCAUGCUUUGAUCUCACCUGUUUACCUGCCGUUUCUUCACAGUCUUUCAGCGCGAUGAAAACGUUCCCAUUGCUUAUAGACAACAUCACCAUGGAGAAGAGUGACCAGGAGAUGGAGAUCACAUUUAACGCUCACGUGGAAUCCACCAUUGACCUUGGAACAUCAGGCCACACCUGUGUGUUCACCUGGUCUCUAGCCAGAGACCCACGCAGUUUGACACUGAUUGCAGGACCCCAGGUGCAAACAGCACUCAGCUGUUCUGACAUAAGGGUGAACAGCCGGCUGCACGACAUCGGGAUCGAGAGGGGUACAGUGUUCGUCUGUGUACAGCUGGCCUUUCCCUGGAGGUCUGAGGCUCCAGUUUGUCACAAAGUACCACGCCCUGCCAACUCGCCAGGAGACGGCCAGUUCCAUGUCAUCGAGCUUCCCCAAGACGAGCUGGUCAAAGCCAACAUCGAUGACUUAUUACACAGCCAGGAGUUGGGAAGCAAGCUAGACGAUCUGUACGAUCUGGACAUGGAUUUUGCUAGAAGUGACAUCACCAUUUCCGCUUUCCUGACCAACAGCUUGAACAGAAACGUCACGUGGUUUCUAAUGAGGAAGAAUCGCGCGCCACCUGGAGGCAACUGUGCCAAUGACCCGAACUGCGUGACGUCUGGACGAUCGAACGACGGCAAGAUUUUGUUCCCACGAGAGGGCGCUGGCCUACAAGAUGGAACGCUGUACUUCGUCUGCGCCAUGGUGGCGUCAAGGGAGGUCACUGACGACAGACAUCGAGUGGAGACCGAGGUCUGUGGAGAUGGUGUCGUCAUCGAUGACUCCCCGCCUACCAGAGGUUCGGUGACUAUUGCUAAUGUCGAAUCUGGAUUUCUCUCGGACAAUGGCCGCCUGAUGGUCACGUGGUCUGGAUUUUCUGACGUAGAAAAAGAAAUCCUGACUCUCCCUGAUGACGCCACCAUGAAUUUCUCCGUAGCCCUUGGAAGCUAUCCCGGGGGUGAAGAUAUUACCCCGUUUGUUCAAACUGGACUUCGAAUAGCCUGGAAAUUUCAAGAUCUCAACAUUCCUUCUGGAACUACCUGCAUUGCAACAGUGAAAGCGGAAGAUCGAGUAGGAGCCGUGACAGAGGCUUGGUCAGAGGUCCUUGUCAUUGACAACUCGCCACCUACUGAAGGGCAUGUGGUCGUAGGGUUGGUAACUGACAAUGAAGUUAUUUCAGCGGCAAAUAUACCCGUUCACUGGGAAGGGAUCGAAGACAAAGAAAGCGGCAUUAAAAUGCUGGAGGUCGGUGUCAGUGCAAAGGACACAUACGAUGAGGUAAUUCCCUUUCAGCGUUGUCAGGGAAACUCGGUCGUCCUGACAAACACAUCUGCACUGACAGGAGGUCACGCCUACAUUAUUCUUGUCAAGUCUACCAAUGGAGCCGGCUUGUUUACACUGACGUCAUCAAAACCCUUCGUUGUGGACAGUUCUCCUCCGGGUCCCGGGAUGGUGUGGAGCAGCGAGCGCUCGUCAAGCGAGCACCGGUCAUACAGCCAAGUCAUCGGGCAAUACCCGGUAUAUUGGUCGGGGUUCCAUGACCCAGAAUCGGGCCUGGCCUUCUUUAGGGUUGGACUCGGCUCUGAACCUUUUGAAACUGACAUCGAGUCUUUUGUCUACGUGGGAUUACGAACAUCAUACACCUGGCGACGUGAGUUCCAGCAAGGUAAACCCUACUACGCCAUAGUCCAAGCCUGCAAUGGCGCCAACCUCUGUCGUGUGACGUCAUCAACCAGCCUGACCUUUGAUACCUCUCCGCCCACCGUUGGACACGCGACAGUUGGUUUCGGAGGCCGUCACAGCAAGUUCUUCGGACACAACACUACGCUAGUGGCGCAAUGGACCGGAAUCUCUGACCCCCAGACCGGAAUUCAAGAGAUGGCAUGGUGUGCUGGUAAAACACCAGGGACAUGCGAUGUCGUUCCCCUCACGCCCACCAUGUUAGCUCGCGGCGUCCUCGUGUCCGAUCUUGCACUUCCGGUGGCCACGCCUCUGUACGUCACAGUUCGAGCCCACAAUCCUGCAGGCCUGCACUCCGUCACUGUCUCUAACAGCUUUGUGGUGGACGUUACGCCACCAGAAGUGGUUACUGUCCCGUACUUCUUAUCUCUGCAAAACGGAAGUAAAUCUGAAAGACAGUGGGACCGCUCUGUCCUCCUCCUAGCCUGGCAGUUCAGGGACCUCGAUAGCCCAGUGGUCAGUCAUGUUGUCAAUGUUGUCAGUCAGCAAAGAGGACGCCUUAUCACAGAGCCAGUCAUCCUGGGAGCUGAUACAAAGCUGAGCAUUAAUCUGGGCAAAGAAAACUUGCUAGUUGAUGGUGACCUCUACUGGACAACAGUCACGGCUUGCAAUGCUGCUGGGCUCUGUACGACAAGCACUUCCUCCCGCCUUUUCGUGGACUCCACCCCUCCUUUUCAGGGUACCUUCAGAUCCCCCUUAACGUGGAAAUUUGAAAAUGUCACUGGUGGGGUUAUGGCUGCUGUUGUAAAUGUCACGUGGCAAGACUUCACUGACCCGGAGUCUGCAGUUGUAUCCUAUUACGUCAUUGCUGGCAGGGCAUGCAAUGGAGAGGAGCUCUCUAACGGUCCUGUGACUGUCGUUCAUGACAACGGCACAGACAUACAGCAUCUCUCGCUUGUCAUGUCGAGCAGCCUCCUGCCAAAUGAUGUCAUCUUCUUGGGACUCCUGGCUGAAAACCACGUGGGCCUCAAGAGCGAAAUGGUGCGAACAGCGUUUAAGGUGGUGUCUGGUCCUGGUCCAUUCAGAUUAUUAGCACUGCGCUACUCUUGUCCUGUCUCCUACUGCACGCACGAUUGCGCCUGUGCUUCUACAGGCCAAGUGUGUGCACGUGCUUUAGAGACUUGCAGACAGAUUGAUCCCAGUGACCUAGCAAACUUCCAGGUUACUCCUCGCAUCGGUGGUGGAGCAGUGCCUCAAGUGUAUUCGACAUCAGUCAAAUGUCUGGAGGGUCACUGGUCAAUGUCUGGGACUGACUUAAUCAGCAACGUAUCCAGGUUUGAGUGGAGCCUCAGCGAGACCAACGGGAGCGCUGGAGAGAUGCUAACAAGCUGGCAGGACGUGGGACUCACCAUGGAGAUGACAUACUGCCUGCCGGGAGAUCAUGUGCUGACUUCUGGACUCAGUUACGUGCUUAACGUGCGGACCUGGUUGUCCAGCGACAGUUGCGUGACCUUCCACUCGGUACCCGUGUCUGUUGACAGUACUCCCCCCUUACUCUCACGUGGAAAGACGGUAAUCGAGUCCAACAGCACCUGUGAGCAAGACGUUGAUUACCUCAGCUCUGUGUCAAACAUCACGGCCUGUUGGAGCGGGGUCUUCAUAGAUCGUGACAGCGCCAUUGUUGCUUAUGAGAUAUGGAUCGGCACUUCUCCUUUCGCCGACGACUACGUGAAGCCAACUUCUGUAGGCCUGAGUACCACGUACACACUGUCAUCAGACAGAAUGGAGAAGGGAACGCGCUAUUACGUGACAGUACGUGCCGUCAACGGGGCCGGGCUGGUGAGGUCAGCGGUGUCAGACGGCGUGCUGCUUGACGUCGUUCCUCCCAUCGCUGGCGUCGUCUUUACGGGGCUACGUCACACCAGUCACCUGGCUCAGAGCUCCACCACCUCCCUGUCUGCCUCUUGGCAUGGUUUCCAGGACACCCACUCGGCAGUCAAGUCCUACCACCUCGCUCUUUAUGAUGCUGAUGAUGCCAGCAAGCCACUGGUGUCCUUCCGCGAUAUUGGCUUCACGAAAGAGUACCAAUUCCAAGGCCUGACACUGCAGCACAAUCGCAGGUACAAGGUCGUUGUCAAAGCCCGUGACGUGGCAGGACUGGACAGUCAGCCGGUGUGGUCGCCGGCAAUUUUGGUGGACACCACAGCACCUGAGGGCGUUACCUGCACACACUUCGACGUUUUGCAAGAAAAAGUUCUGAACUACACUCAGACGACGUCUGUCCUCAGUGGUGUGUACAAAGAAGACUUCAGCGUGCAGAGCUCAACUAACAAGUUGAUCAAAGUGGAUGUUGUCGCUCUCAACACAGGUCCAAGAGUAAGAGGGUUUGUUGACGCCGCAGAGUUCAAAAUGCCGUUAGCGUUUAACUUUGCCUCACCUGCAAACGCAACGGCUGAGCACGUGUUCAUUCAAACAGCAGGAGCUAGCCAGGUGGUCACUGUUCACAUCUACGCGACCUCCAGUUCUAAAAUCCAGGUGAGGCUGUCUGUCUGUUCUCAGCAGACCAUGACCGUUUCAGGCGCCAUCAUCAUCAGUCAGCUGACGCAGUCCUCCGUGUCGGUCUGCACGCUUGUGCAAGACCCGCAAUCAGGAAUCAGAACUCUGAUGGUGGGCGUAGGAACGACACCGGAGGGUCUCCAAGUACAACCUUUAACCUCCGUAGGUCACAGCGGUCACCUCCUUUUCGAUGUGCACGUGCAGGAUGGCGCACCUCUGUACGCCAAUGUCGUGGCACAGAACGGCGCCGGACAACGAGUUCUCUUCACCUCCAGCGCCAUCUAUAUGGACAGAACCCCGCCAGUCGUGUCCAAUGUCAAGGUGAAGCUGAUAUACGAAGGUCAAGGCAGCGAGUUGACGGUGUGGGCGGAGGCCGAGUGGAGAGCGGAGGACAAGGAAAGUGGCAUCCUCCUCUGCACCUGUGAACUAAAGGGAGCCACACCUGUAGUCACACCUGGCGUUACGUCGGCUCAAGCCACAACUGACGUCACCCCAGGCACUUGCCGUUGGCUGCUUCAACAGCCAAGACAUUUAGCACCUGUUGAGGCUAAAGUGACCUGUCUCAAUAAAAUUCAGAUGGCGUCUACAGUAACAUCGCAUCCUGUCCUUGUUUUGUUGCAAGCGCCGGACAUGACAACGGUUACAGUAAGAGCACUCAACAAUAACCCCAUCGUAUCACCUUUUGACGAGUGUGACCCGGAAGUGCGCUCCAAAACAUCAGACCUAGAGUUGACCUGGCGGGGUGGCGAUGACCCCAGUAUGGAUCUCUAUCACUACAGGUUCCUACACGACUCGCGUCCCUUGACCGAGUGGUUUUCCCAGAGUGUUAGUAAGACCUCGGCUAUUCUGAGAAUGGACGAGAACAUAGCACCUGGUGACGUGGUUGUUGCUGAAAUUAGAGCCAGCAACGCCAGAAACAUGACAUCAGAAACCGUCUCAACCACAAUUCGGCUGGAUGACAGGAAACCAGUUCUGACAGGAAAGAAUGCAUCCGUAGACUGGGCUGCCCAUGACCUAUAUUUAGACUGGCGUGACGUCUUCAACGUCACCGUGACGUGACUACUUGGUCUUUGCUGGUACCGCCAACGGUUAUGGUGAUGUCAUUAACCACGUGACUCUCAAGGAUACCUCUUACAGACAAACACUACCAAGGCGGAUGCAUGACGUGUUUAUCUGUAUACAGGCUGUUUAUCCUAACGGUCGCUUCGAGAAAUAUCUGGCAGAGCUCACCGUCUAAACAUCGCCUUGGCUCAGUCCCGUAAAUAUCGGUUUAUAAGGCGUAGCCACCAUUUCUUUUUAAAUCUCUUCUUUUUUUCCUAAAUUAGCCGGACUGGUUUAUAAGCCACAAAUAUAUAUAUAGCAGAUACGUUGGCAGUCUCCAUCAAGUGCUGAAGAUCGUCGUCUUUGUUCAGGCCGAGACAGACUAGAUGAAGAUCAUUGUCGUUGUUCAGGCCGAGACAGACUAGAUGAAGAUCAUUGUCGUUGUUCAGGCCGAGACAGACUAGAUGAAGAUCAUUGUCGUUGUUCAGGCCGAGACAAAUUCCUUCUACAUCCCAAUAUUCUCCGCCAAGAGAUGAUCUUUGACCUCUAUCUGGUGUAAUGGAGCUUGUGGAAUACCCAAGUUCUAUUCUACAUUCAGCCUAUCUUACUAGCUUCAAAUUUUCAAUAUUUUAGCCCACGUUUACUUACACUAUAUUAGGUCUUUCGUGUUUUGGUUAACACCUGUUUUUUCUGUUACUGAUAAAUAGAAACAAGAUUUGGUCAAUUAUUGACACAAUUAUCGUACAAAUAAAGAAGACUGAAACAAUA